UCCGUGUUUACAGCUUUAGCUACACGUUAGCAUUAGUGGUCUGUCAAGAAGUGACCUGGAAUCUAUUGGACGUUUUUUGAAGCAAACAAGACGACGAUUCUGUAAAAAUCCCUGGUUUGUUCGCUGCAACGUGAUUAGCAUGGUUGUUAUGAGGCAGAAGCGUCGCCUAAACCCGUAGCAAUGACAAGCUGGCUAACGUAGCGCCGUAGGUUAGCCAGCUAGGUAACUAACAACACCAGCUAGCUAACUUCUCACUCAGCAGCGGUUAAUCCAGUUCAGAGAAACAGCUUGCGCAGCCAUGGGUGCAGAAAGCAGCGCGGUGCGGGGCUGCACCCUGGAGGAGUCGCUCCUCACCCUGCCCUCCGGACUCACCAUGUACUCUGCGAGGCUUCAGGAUGGAAAGCCGGCUUCUGUGUUUGUUCACAAACGGGGCAAUGAAGACAAAGUGAACAAAGCUGCGAAGCACCUCAAAACCUUGAGGCACCCAUGUCUGCUGCGCUUCCUCUCCUGCUCAGUGCAGGAUGGCGGCAUCCACCUGGUGACAGAACGUGUGCAGCCCCUGGAGCUGCUGCUGGACAGCCUCUCUCCAGAGGAAAUCUGCGCAGGCAUCUAUGACCUCUUGCAGGCGUUAGUCUUUCUGCAUGAGAGGGGCAAAUCGAGCCACAACAACGUCUGCAUAUCGUCUGUGUUUGUCAGUGAAGAUGGUCAUUGGAAACUGGGAGGGAUGGAGACUGUGUGCAAGUUCUCUGAAGCAACACCUGAGUUUCUUGCAAGUAUGCAGAAUGUGAGGGAGGCCAGCUCUAUUCCCCCAGAGGAACAGGCUGAGGGCCUAAAAAUGCUUCAGGAUAAGAAUGCUCACUCUCGGGACUGUUACUCUUUUGGAGUGCUGGUUGAGAGCCUCCUCUCUCUCCUGAAUGGUUACGUGUCACAGGAGCUGUCUGACAGCCUGAAGAAAACCCUGCAGGCAGGCCCCUUGAACUCUGAUCCCCUGUGUCGACCUCCACUUAGCUCCUUGCUGACUCAUGACUUUUUUAGAAAUGACUUCCUGGAAGUGAUGAAUUUUCUGAAGAGCCUCACCUUGAAGACGGAAGAAGAAAAGAAUGAAUUUUUUAAGUUUCUACUAGACCGGGUCCAAAGUCUCCCUGAAGAGCUGAUAGCAACACGCCUCAUCCCCAAACUCCUCAACUCCCUGGUUUUUGCAGAGCCCAUGGCUGUCAAAAGCUUCCUGCCUCAUCUUUUGAAGCCAAAGAAGGAUUCAGGUGUCAGUGGUGGUAGCUGUGAAGAAUGCCUGCUGUCUGUGUCCCUUUACCGCAAACAUGUGGUCCCUCAGCUUCUCAAGCUCUUUAAGGUCAAUGAGGAACAUGUACGGAUCGUGUUGCUGGCCCACAUCCAUAUCUAUGCUGAGUUCUUUUCCCAUGAUGAACUCAAAAACCAGAUCCUACCUCAGGUUUUGUUAGGAAUGAGAGACACCAAUGAUUCUUUGGUUGCCAUGACGCUGCAGAGUCUGGCAGUGUUGGUACCUCUGUUAGGGGCUCAGGUGGUGGUAGGUGGAGAGAGGAGCAAGGUCUUUAAACGCACAACUCCCAACUUCACUAGAUCUACAGAGGUCACGCCUGAAACUUCCCCUGUCCAUAUAGUUGGAGGAUCCCACCCUCAGAUGGCCCAGCCUUCAAAGGGGCUGAAUUUGUUUCCCAGACCAACACAACCUGAGGGACUGGACCUAGGUCAGAUGGGUAAUUUAGCGGGUUGUAGGGAAACUCCAAAAAGUUACCCUUCAGCACCAAAAUCCGAUGGCAGUAGACAGCUGUCACUGCCUUUGAACGGUUUUCAUCAGGACAGAAGGGUUGCACCGCUGUUGUACAGUCCAGAUCAGGCUGACAGACUCGAACGCCCCGCUGAAGACUGGCCUGACUGGAGCGACCCAGAGGAGAGCGAGAACAGAGAUGGACAGUCGGUCGAGAUCCACAUUCAGGCCUCCGAGAGAGAAGAUGCGGUCAGUAGCAGGAUGCCUCUCUCACAUCCUGACAUGGAGGAGCCAUGGGACGACUUUGAAGAUCCUGAACCUUCGUCCGAUCUCUCACCUACAGCUCCUCUAUCAGACCCUGUUAUCCUCACACCUCCCAGAGAGAGCGCUCCUGCACCUGUGAACCAAGCACCUGAAGCACUGAGACUGGGUUCUUCUAAAGCCCUCAAACUGAUCUCAACACUGAGACAAUCCACACAGAGCAAGACCCCCCCGUUGUGGGAUAAUGGCUGGGCUCAAGAAGAGAGAGACUCACAGAAACUACCAAACCCCAAAUCCAAACCUUCAGUGCCACUAAAGGACAGUGGGACUGCAAGUUUGGGGGAGGAGUUUACUAUUAAGGUCAAGAAGAAAGUAGAGCAAGAUCCAGAGCUGGAUUUGUUUGCAGACAUGGUGCCUGACAUCAAAUUGUCCACUCAAGCUCUGCUGCCACUAGAAGAGACACUAGACAAUGUGACUGGACUUUCUACAGCCUCUUCAGAAAACUCUACAUCUCUGCAGGUUGAUCCAUCCAUCGAUACUCUAACACUCACUGCCAAGUUUGCAGCUGCCAACCUGACUGAGACUGAAGCUGAUGGCUGGGGAGAUGGAGACGACCUGAACUGGGGGGAUGAGACCGCCUGGUGAUGAAUCAUAGACUAAAGACCACUUUUCAACUCAAACCCUCCAGUUUCCUCUGGCUUCAUUUAGAACGCCAGAUCUCAUGUAACAGCAUGAUGCAGUAAAAAUCAUAAUUAUGGCCUAAGAUUUUUCAUAUAUAUAUAUAUAUAUAUAUAUCCAAUGCUGUUGGUUCCCCCAGUAUUUUUCAUUGGUCCGUUCAUUGAGUUAACUUUUCUUAAACUGGAAGGAUCCUGUUAGAGCUGGACUUGGACACAUGAAGCCAUGUUUAAUUGUUUGCCAAUUAAUGCUAAUCUCCUCAAGACAAAUGAAGAUAUAAUCAUCCUGUUUUAAUCUGCUUCUGUUUUUUUUUUUUUUUUUUUUUUUUUUUUUUUACUGUGCCAACAUCAACAAUGGCAUGAAGAUCAAGAUCCACUUUUUGGCAAGACAUGACUUGUCCAAACGUUGUCUGGGUUGAUUUACAGGAAGCUUGCACUUUGAAUGAAUGUGAAAUAGAAAUUUACAUAAUUUAUUGGUAGCUUUUUGGUUGCUGGUGAAAGUAAAGAUUUUACUGUAUCAA